AAUUAGACUCACAUGACAUGAGCCAGAGAGUAGAUGCGCUGAAAAACAUUGCGGUGUUCAAGGAAACUAUACUUCCUCUUUUUAAGUGUGAACAGCCUCUGGUUCGUUAAAAAGCGAGGUGCAAUUUCAUGCUGGGACAGAACAACCCUGCUGAUUGAUCUGCAACGAGGAUGCACAUUUUACAUGUGGUGUUACUUUUGGACUUUCUAGUCCUCGGCCAUUCUUCAUCUGCUUUAAAUAAGAUGUGGGAAGAGUGGAAAGUCAAACAUCACAAGGUUUAUGAUAAUCAGACGGAGAUCAUCUUCAGGAGAGCAGUAUGGCAGAAGAACAUGCUCUUGGUGCUGACACACAACCAGGAGGCCUCAGCAGGAAAACACAGCUUCACUUUAGGAAUGAACCACCUGGCGGACAUGACAGCUGAGGAGAUCAACGAGAGGCUGAACGGCCUGAAGCUGGAGGAGCCGGCUCAUUUCACAAAUCUCACUAUUAAGGAAGUGAACAGCUUAUCAACGCCUCAGAGCAUGGACUGGAGGAAGAGCGGCCUUGUCAGUCCUGUCCAAAACCAAGGAUUAUGUGGGUCCUGCUGGGCCUUCAGCUCUAUGGGAGCUCUCGAGGGGCAGAUGAAGAAGCGAACAGGUGUCCUCGUCCCUCUGAGUCCACAGAACCUGGUGGACUGUAGCACCAGUGAUGGAAACCACGGCUGCAGAGGAGGAUACAUCUCUAAAGCUUUCAGCUACGUCAUCCGUAACGGAGGCGUCGACUCAGAGAAAUUUUACCCCUAUGAACACCAGAAUGGGAAAUGUCGCUACUCUGUCAAAGGAAAGGCUGGCUACUGUUCUAAUUAUCACAUCCUCCCACAAGGAGAUGAGCGGGCUCUGCAGGCUGUGGUGGCGUCAGUGGGACCUGUCGCUGUGGCCGUGAACGCCAUGCUGUCAUCUUUCCAUCUCUACAGAGGAGGUUUAUACAACGUUCCCGGCUGCAACCCUAGGUUUAUAAAUCACGCCGUCCUGGUUGUGGGCUACGGCACAGACAGAGGACAAGACUACUGGCUUGUGAAAAACAGCUGGGGAACCAUGUGGGGAGAGGAAGGCUUCAUUCGACUUGCGAGGAACAAGAAUAAUCUCUGCGGCAUUGCUAGCUUUGCUGUCUACCCUACACUGUGACAGUGUGACCCAUCACCUCUCUUGGUAGACUUUAGGUUAUUUAAUUUAAUAUCAGAGACCAGAUGUUUGUGGUUCUUAUGUUUGACACUGAAUAUACAUUCUGCCUGAAUGUCAAAAAUACUGAUAAAAAGUACUAAAAAAAGUUAAUUUUACAAAAAUUGCAUCUGCUUUGGCAGCCUCUCUGUGAUUUUUUGAAUGGGUAUUUAUAAAAGGACAAAAAACAUUGCUUGCUUUAAAUCUUUAAAAUGUUUUUGUGAUUCUAUAAAUCUUUUUGAUUUUACACUGCAUUUUAUAGAUUUGAUGUUUAUUUAUAUAUUUAUAUUUUACAGAGUUUUAAAAUAUACUUAAUAGAUUUAAUAAACCUCUUGAUGAUAAUGGAAGAACAGAGAUAGAAAAGUAGUAUUAAUGUAAAGCUGUAGCAGUUGUAGCAAAAGUAGACUAGUAGCAGAGCCAGCACCCAUAAUAUCAAUAAAAUGAUUUGUAUUUUUAUCAGCAGUGGCAGGACAGUAGACCAGCUGUGGCAUGGUCCACAAAGUGGCUAAACUCACUGGGGCUCCUUGUCAUAUUUCAGAGGUCUAACAGUCAUUAGCAGUUCCACCAAUACAAUAACUUCUCUCAUGGUUUCAUUUAAUUUUUUUAUUUUUUUAUUUUUUUGGGGGGGGGGGAUUUACUGAUUUGUGCAACAGAACUUAGUUUUUUUCCCUUCCAAACUCACACCCACUGGACUAAACUGUAUAAGACACAACAGUUAAAUGCUUCUUGUGUAUUUGAUGCAUCAACAUUAAAAACUGAUAUUAUGCAAUAUGAUAAGUUUGGAGUCAGACGCAAGUACUUUUGAUGCCUUGAUAUCCAAUUGAUGCCUUAAGUAUAUUAUGUUGAUAAUAUUUUUGUACUUUUACUUGUGCCAUUUUGAUGCAUUUCUCAUACCUUUAAUAUAUUUCUCUAUCUUUUA